AUGGCUCCUACUGCUAUGGCUGCCACGCAACAAACGGCAGACACCAAGUCGCCGACGAUAUCAACACCGGCACCGGCAUCAACGUCAGGGCCUCAAAGAGUGCCGAGUCUGGGUCACAAGCUUCCCAAGCUCGAGCCCAGGCGGCGCCGACCACAGCCUGAGAAUCCCAUCCCUUUCCCCAACACGCCUGCUCUCCCACCACCCCCGGAAAGCCCAGGCUCGUUUCGUGUGCCGAGCCGCCGCAUCUUGUCAAAAGCGGAUCAUGACUUGUUCGUCUCCUCCCCGUCGUUUAACCUGAUACUGUCCUGGAUUUUCAGCCUGGCCGAGUCUGUCGUCGACACGCCCAUCUCAGCGGUGAAGGACGACGAGCUGGCCAGCCCAAUACGGACGCUCCUGGAGAUCCUCGACGAGGUGGAGCAGCUCGUCUACCAAAACCCGCCAGACGAUCAGGGGGGCUCCAGGUUUGGCAACAAGAGAUUCAGAGACUUCCUGGACAAGGCCAGGGCGCAAGAGACGAAGUGGCACCAGAGGCUGGGCGUCGACAGCCCGGACGCCGUUGCCGAGCUCGCCACGUACCUCAACCAGUCCUUCGGGAACCGGAAGCGCAUCGACUACGGCUCCGGCCAUGAGCUCAACUUCAUGAUCUGGCUGCUAUGCCUCUACCAGCUCCGCAUCGUCACGCGCGAAGACUUCAAGCCCCUGGUGCUCAAGGUGUUCACCCGCUACCUCGAGGUCAUGCGCGUGAUCCAGUGCCUGUACUACCUCGAGCCGGCGGGCUCGCACGGCGUGUGGGGCCUGGACGACUACCAGUUCCUCCCCUUCCUGUUCGGCGCGUCGCAGCUGUCCCACCACAAGUACAUCACGCCGCGGGCCAUCCACCAGGAGCUCAUGCUCGAGCAGUUCGGCAAGGACUACCUCUACCUGAACCAGAUCGUCUUCGUGAACAGCACCAAGACCGUCAAGGGCCUGCGGUGGCACAGCCCCAUGCUGGACGACAUCUCGUCCGCAAAGUCGUGGGAGAAGGUCGAGGGCGGCAUGCGUCGCAUGUUCGUGGCCGAGGUGCUCAAGAAGCUGCCGGUCAUGCAGCACUUCCUGUUCGGGUCCCUGGUCCCGGCCGUGGACGGCAUGAGCGAGCAGAGCCUGGCCGGGGUCCCGGACGAGGAGGACGAUGACGAGGGCGGCGAGGUCCAGGUCUUUGACGAGGGCGACGUCAGGCAUGUUCACCAACAGAACGGAUGGGGCGAGUGUUGCGGUAUCAAGGUCCCCAGUGGUGUUGCUGCCGGUAUGGAGGCGAUGAAGAAGGGCGAGACACUACGCAGGAUUCCUUUCGAUUGA